UCUCGAGCCUGAAGUCGGUGCGGAGAGCUGCUGGGACAUCGCUGGUGGUUUGUCAGCUCCUCGGUCGGAAAAAUAGGGAUCUUUGUAUCAUCCCCUAAUAGUAGUAGUAGUACACAAGUCCGACAACAGGGAACAGCCAUGCCUUUCGGUAACACGCACAACCAGAUGAAGAUGAAUUAUUCCUCGGAUAAGGAGUACCCGGACCUCAGUCAACACAACAAUCAUAUGGCCAAGGUUCUGACUCCUGCUAUGUACGAGCGGCUGAGGAGCAAGCAGACACCCAGUGGAUUUACUCUGGAUGAUGUCAUUCAGACCGGGGUUGAUAACCCAGGCCACCCCUUCAUCAUGACGGUGGGCUGUGUCGCUGGGGACGAGGAGACAUAUGAGGUCUUCAAAGAGCUGCUGGACCCUGUGAUUGAGGACAGACAUGGCGGAUACAAACCCACAGACAAACAUAAGACCGACCUCAACUCAAACAACCUGAAGGGUGGCGAUGACCUGGACCCCAAUUAUGUUUUGAGCUCCAGAGUCCGAACAGGUCGCAGCAUCCGUGGCUUCUGUCUGCCGCCACACUGUAGCCGAGGAGAGAGGCGGGCUGUGGAGGAGCUCUCCAUUAAAGCUCUGGAUGCUCUGACUGGAGAUCUGAAGGGGAAAUACUACGCUCUGAAGAACAUGACUGAGGCUGAGCAGCAGCAGCUCAUUGAUGACCACUUCCUGUUUGACAAGCCGGUGUCUCCCCUGCUGCUUGCCUCAGGAAUGGCCCGUGACUGGCCCGAUGCUAGAGGCAUCUGGCACAAUGACAACAAGACCUUCCUGGUGUGGGUGAAUGAGGAGGACCACCUGCGUGUGAUCUCCAUGCAGAAAGGAGGCAACAUGAGAGAAGUGUUCACUCGGUUCUGUACUGGACUCACCAAGAUUGAGAACCUGUUCAAGGAGAGGGGCCAUUCCUUAAUGUGGAACGAGCACCUGGGUUACAUCCUCACCUGCCCAUCCAACCUGGGCACUGGCCUGCGGGCAGGUGUGCACGUGAAGCUGCCAAACAUGAGCAAACACCCCAAGUUUGGGGAGGUUCUCCAGAAACUGAGGCUCCAGAAACGUGGAACUGGUGGUGUGGACACCGCUGCGGUUGGUGGAGUGUUUGACAUUUCCAACGCUGACAGACUGGGCUUCUCUGAGGUGGAGCUGGUGCAGAUGGUGGUUGAUGGCGUCAAACUGCUGGUUGACAUGGAGAAGAGGCUGGAGAAGGGACAGUCCAUCGACGACAUCAUGCCUGCACAGAAGUAAAGCCAUCCAAAAGGCCUUCCCUCUCCCCUACUUCCACCCUCCCCUCUGAAUGACUGUCCUGGAACGCUCCGUCAUGUUUGGAUUCAUGUAUUUAAGAUAAAAAAAAAAAAAGAUCUGAAAUAAAAUGUUCUGGUUCAA